AUGGAGCGCCUCAUCGUACCCAUACUCAAGCACGGCGGUCUCAUCCGUGAGAUCAGUGCAACGGAAGAAACCAGAACCUACGAAAAUGACAGAGCUAGAGUCAAGAACGUCAAGAAGAUGUUGUACAUGGGUCAAUCACAGAUGCUUGUGCCUUCUCACCAUCACUAUCGUCAAAGCCAGUACCAAAGCCAGAACCACAGCCGAAGCUACAGCAAUACCUUAACUGCACUCUCGGAUUCUUACAUCUUGACUGGCAGCGAGUUCCUCCAACUGAAGUCAAAGCCAUACCUCACUGGAUACGAGAGCUGGCGCGCGGAGAAGGAACUUAAAAUGGCUCUGGAGACGGACAUGUUCAAGAUUCAGCCAGCUAAAGACGAGGAGGACAACGAGAAGGCAGGCGAUAAGACGACUAAGAACAAGGAUAAGUCCAAAGACAGCAGUAAGACGAAGGCGAAGGAGGACGUGAAGAGCAGUACGGUUUUGCAAAACAGCUGUAAGAAGAUCCAAAGGCAGACGGGAAGCCCAGUUUUGCAAGGCGAGUACAGGAAGAUACAUACCGAGGAGGCAAAGGGCAAGGAAAAGCAGCCGACAGCUCUACCAAAGGGGCCCACGAGCAAGAGACUUCGUAGCCGUGAAGAACUCGAGUGUGAGUGGAAGGCAAAGGAGGACCGAGACAUCACCGGACGUGCGAAAAUCACCAACAACUACGAGGAUGUGAUGGAGAUGGAGGCGCUCCGCAGCAUGGAUGGUUUCAAGCCGUCGUUGCUAGGCGUCGUUUUGGAGGAUUACCAGCGUGGACAAAGCACCGAUGAGGAGAGCGAAGAGGAGGAUUCGAACACAGCUCGCAGAAACCAGCAGGAGCGAGUCACUCGACGUGGAUACGGUGAGAAGGAGAUUGAAACUUGA